GCCUUUUUCUGCUUUUGGGGUUUUUCACUUUAUCUCUUUUCGUAUUUAUGUGUAGUGGGAAACAGACUUUUCUGUAGUUUGUACUGAAUUUCUUGCUUUAUACCAUUUCUUUCUCUCUUCCUCUCUCUCUCUCUCUCUCUGAAUUGUCCGUUUACCAAAUUUUUCUCUACGUGGUUGCAGUGGUAAACGAGGAAAAGGGCAUGGAAAAUUAUAUUUUGUAACUGAAUGCUUUUGUUCAUUUUCAGAUUUGUGAGUUCAAGUUUAUUAAUUGUACUUUUCUUACUUUUCUACCUUAGACUAGAUGUUCUUUCUGAUGCUUUUGAUGUUUUUGGCCAAAAAGGCUUUGUUGUUUUUAAUAAUGUUCUUCCUCUUUUCUCCUUAUACUACUUGUCUUUUUUACUUUUCUCUCAUUUUUUUUGUAAAAGAAAAGAAAUUGGGGUUGUUUUGAAUUUAAGAGAGAGAGUGAAGGCUAGAGAGAGAAGCUCUUCGGAUGCUGUUGCAGGAAGCUUGAAUUCGACAUGUCAGUAGUGUGGUUUGGCGUGCAAUUGGAGAUUUGUGGCCUUGAUAUUUGUUUGAUCUGCGUCACGAUCUAUAUUUUGGGUCUUAACCCGUUUGAGAAAUGAAAAUGGGACAGAGUCUCUUAGGGCUAGGACUUGUUUGAAAUCUAUUAUGAAAAACAGUUUUUUGAUUUUCAGAAAAAAAAAACAAAAAACCCGUUUGUUAGUGACUGUUUUGUAAUAAAUAUAUUAAAAAACUGAAAUUGUUCUUUUGUUUUUAAAAUCAUAUUUAAAGAACAUGUCUGUUUGAGUUGUUUUUGUUUUCUGUUUUGGUUUUUUACUUUCAAAUAAAUAAAUAAAUAAAUAGAAAACACUUGUUUCCAUAACUAUUUUAUAAAACAGUUUUAAGAACAAAAAAAUCAAAACACAAUCAAAUAGGCCCCAGUGUUCUGCUUCUGUGUUCUUGUUUUUUGGUUUGGUUUUCAAUGCGUAGUUUCUGGAUUAAUUUAUUUGAAAGUCUCCAUUUUGAUCCUGUCAAUGACCCGACAGAUGUUUAGUAUAUUCUACUCCUUGUUCACAUGUUGGUUUUUUGCUUUUUUAAUUCAUGUAACUUGUUUUGUUGAUCUUAGUUUACUUUUUAUUUUUCGUAUAUUUUCACAUGUUGCAAUGGCUUCAUUUUUCUAGACCAUAUAUUAACUAUUACAGUCACAUGUCUUCUUCUGUUCAGCUGGUUUCAUUAUCCAUUCAAAUAGCUUCUGGCUGAUUUUUGCAUCUGAAUAUAGAGGAAAGAGCUCAUUUUUCUACAGUGAGGUGUAAAGUGGUGCUUAUAUUUUGACCUGAGAGAAUAUUUGGAGUUAUAAUUGUUUGCGCAGUUGACCAGACUUGCAUUCUCAGCAAUUGAUGUGAGAUCUAAAGUGAAAAAAGAAGCAACUUGACCUUAUUUCCAUCAGAUGUCUGCGUUCUGGAGUUGAGCAAAUGGGUUGUUGUGUCUCCACAAGCAGUAGGAGUACUUGUAGCAGUAGGAGCAAUGGAGACAUGGUUUCUCCAUCUUGCUUAGAAGUUGGAUUCUGUGGGCAAAAGAGAGCAAGGAGAACAUUCUCUGAUCAUGUUAUUUCUCUACACCAUUUACCAUCCUUACCUAGCAGAAUUUUCACUAAUGGAAAGAGCCGAGCUUCUUGCAUAUUUACGCAGCAGGGCCGCAAGGGCAUUAAUCAGGAUGCCAUGAUUGUGUGGGAAGAUUUCAUGUCUGAAGAUAUGAUCUUUUGCGGCGUCUUUGAUGGCCAUGGUCCACAAGGUCAUCUUGUUGCACGCAAAGUGAGGGAUGCCUUGCCAGUAAAACUGCUUUCAUUUUUGCAUUCUUGUGAAUCAAAGCGAAAUGGGUCAGGUAAAGCUUGCUUCAAAGGGAACAUAAAACCUGAUAGCAGAGACUCAGAGAAGGAUUGCUCUACUGAGGAUAAGCUGAACUCUACAUGGAGAGAAGCUUUCAUGAAGGCAUACAAGGCCAUGGACAAAGAGCUCAGGUCUCAUCCAAAUCUGGAUUGCUUCUGUAGUGGGAGCACAGCUGUGACUAUAGUUAAGCAGGGAUCAAAUCUGUUCAUGAGCUAUAUUGGGGAUUCUCGAGCAAUCAUGGGAUCCAAGGACAGCAAUAAUUCCAUGGUGGCAAUUCAGUUGACUGUUGAUUUGAAGCCUGAUUUGCCAAGGGAAGCAGAAAGAAUUAAGCGGUGCAAGGGUAGGGUAUUUGCUUUGCAAGAUGAGCCGGAAGUGCCUAGGGUAUGGUUGCCUUUUGAUGAUGCACCAGGAUUAGCAAUGGCUAGAGCAUUUGGAGAUUUCUGUUUGAAGGAGUAUGGUGUGAUUUCUAUACCUGAAUUUUCUCACCGGCUGCUUACAGACAGAGAUCAAUUCAUUGUUCUUGCCUCAGAUGGGGUUUGGGAUGUUUUAAGCAAUGAGGAGGUGGUUGAGAUAGUAUCAUCAGCACCAACACGAUCAUCGGCAGCAAGGAUUCUGGUGGAUUCUGCUGCUCGGGAGUGGAAACUCAAAUACCCCACUUCAAAAAUGGAUGACUGUGCUGUGGUGUGCUUAUUUUUGGAUGGGAAAAUGGACUCAGAAUCUGAUUAUGAUGAACAAGGCUUUUCUUCUGCAACCAUCCAGAGCAACCAUUCGGGUAAUCCAAUGGAAUCUGAUGAUGGACAAAAGUCUGAGCCAUCAUUGCAAAGGAACUUUACUGUGAGAUCCUCAGAAGAAAAUGAGAAUGAUGGAGCACGAUGUGUUGAAGUUGAAGAUGGAACAUCAUCAGCUGAUGAUCAAAACUGGUCAGGUUUGGAGGGUGUCACCCGUGUAAACUCACUCGUCCAACUUCCUAGAUUUUCUGAGGAAAGGCCAAAAAUCUUGAAUUUGUUGGUUUAAUGGGAAAUGUUUAUUGUAAUAGCUGGGGACAACACAAUGAAUUCAAAAAGAAUUUUUUUCUGUUAUGUGGUAUCAUUCUGAUGCUCUUUGGUUGGCUAAUUACUUGUAGAAA